AUGGCUGCUGGAGUUGGUGUCCCAAUCCCAUUAGUGGUAGCAUUCCUUUUGGUUUCUUUCUUUGCAGCCUCUUGCCAUGGUGGUGUUAGCUUCAAGUCUCUUCAAUCUAAGAGAACUCUGAUUGUCAAAGCUGAUCCUAAACCAGGACAAGUUUUGAAAGCUGGGGAAGACAAAAUCACAGUGGCAUGGUCAUUCGACCAGUCGUUCCCGAACGGGACAGAUUCAGCUUACAAGACUGUUAAGGUGAAGCUCUGUUAUGCUCCGGUGAGCCAGAAAGACAGAGCAUGGAGAAAGACGGUGGAUGAUUUGGAGAAAGACAAGACUUGCCAAUUCAAGAUUGUUGCAAAGCCAUAUAAUCCUUCCAACAACACGUUUACCUGGAGUGUGGAGAGGAGUAUUCCGGGUGCUUUCUAUUUCGUGAGAGCCUACGCCUUUAAUUCUGCUGAGGAACAGGUUGGUUUUGGCCAAACAGUUGAUGAUCCCAAAGGGAACAAUCAACCCUUCUUUGAGAUCGACGCGAUCACUGGCCGCCAUCUCUCGCUUGAUAUCGCCGCCGUCUGCUUCUCUGCGUUUUCCGUCUUGUCCUUGUUCGGUUUCUUCGUCGCCGAGAAGCGAAAGGCCAAGGCACACCAGCAGAAGUGA